AUGGAGGUUAAAUGCAAACAUAUUCUUCAUCUGGAUUGCAUCAAGACGUUGACUAGUUCAAAUGACCGCACUACAAAAUACUUUUGCCCCAAAUGUCAGGAUAAAUUAAUUGAUGUUUCCGAAGACAGUGAUUACAAAAAACUUAUCACGAGAAUUGAAAAAUCCGGUCUUAUUUGA